UCUUCUGGUCUCUGACCCAUCUAUAAAACUUUCACAACCUAUUUUAUAUUCUGUAUUCCAUAAAGUGUGCAUUUUCUUUGUAGUAAUUGGUCAAGAUGUCCAAAAAAACCAUCGUUGCAUGCAUGAAUGACAAAGUUGUUUUGUCCUUUGAUCUACCUGAGAAGAGGAACCAUACUGUGGAUAGUUAUAUUUGGUACAAACAGGAUGUAUCAGGGGAUCCCAGCUUCGCCAAAUACACUGUAGCUGAAAACAAGUUUGAAAUCUACAGAGAUUCCCAAAAUCGGCUCCUCCACAAUCAUAAUGAUUCUUCACAGCUGGGAAAUUUAGUUUUACUGAAUGUGAAGAAAAGUGACGUUUCUAAAUAUGUUCUGGUAAUUAAUUAUGUCAACGUCACACAGCAGACAUCGGAGUAUCUCUUACAAUUGUCAGUAAAAGAUCUUUGCUUUGAAAAACCCGAACAAGUAGAGGGAUGCGCAGUAUCAACAUGUUUUACAGGAGAGAACGGAACAUUAACAAUCAUGUUUUACAACGAUAAUAUUAAAGAACGGGGAGCCCAUGAUUUAUACUGA